AUGUUGGGUAAACCAGUAGUUGUUGCUCGAAAUGUCGCCGAAAAGGCCUCGGUUCUGAUUGAACUCUUGAAUAAUCGAACUGAACAUCUGUGGGGUAAAAAUUUCAGAGUCAGCAGGACUACAUUUGAAUACAUUUGUGGAAUAGUGGAUACCUUACUUCGUAGUGCUAUCCCUGUUGAGAAACGAGUAGCUAUUGCAUUGUGGCGGCUAUCGACAGGGAAUUCUUAUAGAACUGUAGCACUUACAUUUGGAGUCGGUCGAUGUACUGCAAUGAAUAUGAAGGACGAAUUUUGUGAGGUUUUAAUAAGGCAAGCUCAUCACUUUAUCAGAUUUCCUAGGACCAAAGCAGAAACAAGAAAAUGUAUCCAAGACUGAAAAUUUCCUCAAGUAGAAGGAGCAUUGGAUGGAUCACAUAUUCCAAUAUCUGCUCCUACUGAGAGCGCGAAUGAUUAUUGUAACAGAAAGAAAUUUCUCAGUGUGAUAUUACAAGGAGUCGCUGAUGCUAAUGGGAGGUUCAUUCACGUCAGCACAGGUUAUCCUGGCAGUAUUCAUGACGCUCUAGUUUUACGUAUGAGUUCACUAUUUACAACAGUAGAAAACAAUUGUAUUCUCAACUCGCCUUCAUGUAGGAUUCGUGGUAGAAUGGUUAAUGCUUUGCUAGUCGCUGACCCUGCAUACAAACUCACUAGUUGGUGCAUGAAGCCCUACCUCAAGCUAGAGGAAUCACGCCAGGACAAGAAGCUUUUAAUAAAUCGUUGAGCAGCGUGCACGUGGUCAUAGAAUAAGCAUUCGGUCUAUCAAAGGCAUAUGUAAGGCAUAUCAAAAAUUUACUUGUAUCGUUGUGUCKAAUUAUUGUCUUUGAAUAUUUUUGCAACUUCUUUGAUCGCGUCAAACAUUAGUUUUUGACUUUUCAACUCGCAUUCUGCCUCUUUCUCAGCCGGKUUUUCAAAUAACUCAAAGAUCCUUUUCUUGAUUAACAGUUAGGAACUCUAAUAAGUCAUUCGAUUCUUGUUCAUCAUUCUGAACUCUCUUUUUUUGUGGCUGCUGGCUGUUUAUGCUUAGCUGGUCUCUUCCCUUUCCCUUUCCUUGCAGAAAGGCUCUUGAUUUCAUCUGAUUCAUCUAGAGAAUCCGGGGAUUCACAUACGGCGGAGCCAUCCAGCUCUGAGACAGGAGAAUCAUCACUGAAUCCACUGUCCACUGUGGAUUUUGGAGUUAUAUAAGGCUUACACCCUAAGACUUCGUUCAGCUCCUCGUAAUACUCACAAGAUUUGUCAUCAUUUCCAGAUYGGUUGUUGUGUUCUUUCAACUUCUUGUAAUCAUCUUCUAAAGCUUUGAUGCGAACUUUACAUUGAGUGCCACUCCUGAAACUGUUUAAACCAUGUUCUUUUAGAUGCUUGUUAAGACUUUUAGAGAUGGUAUCCCAUAUUACAGCAUUCCUUUUCGUAUUGAUUGUGUAUUGAUUGUGCCAUAAAUCUAAGAGAAAUCGCGUCUCUUGAUUGGACCAAUUCUUCACGCGACUUGAUUUUGGAGUCAAAUCUGCCUCAAUAUGAUCUUGAGAAGMUCCUGACUUUGAAGGAUUUGAUGUGGGGAAGUAGAGUGUUGGCGCUUGGCUGGCCGAAGAUGGCUGUUGUGAAGGAGGGAAGUAUAAAGUCGCUGUUUCGGCUUGGGUCAGGGUAAACUGCUGGAUUAAAAUCAAACGUCGGCUGAGUUGUACUACUAUUGUAGCCAAAAUACUGGCCAGGUCUGAAAAGCAACGGCCCAGGAUGGUGUUGUUGAGUGUUCAACAAAUUCAUCAGAGGUGUAUAGUAAAGCGAUUUCUGCAAGCAAAACAAAAGGUCGUACUAAAAUAAAUGGUUAGGUAAAUCGGUGAAUUGCAAUCACUUGAAUGUGCACAAACCUUACCUGUGAUUUGUAGAAUUAGUAUUACUGCUCGAAGGAACAUUAUUCCAGGGAUCAGCCAUGAUUUUAAAUACCAAGAACACUAAAAGCACACGSUGUGUAUUCUUCAAGAAACUUGGUAAUUUUAAGCUAGUUUACGCUAGAUAAGUAUUAUACGGUAUUUCAAGUUUUAGAUUUAGACAUUUCAUAUGUGUUGUGUUCUCUUUACACGCGAACAAAAUCAGUCUAGGUCCACUGCUUUUACRUAAGAUUGUCUGUAACAAGUCUGUGGUUUUUGUACGGGUUGUUGCCUUGUCAUUUAAAUCAUACUUGUACACCUCCCCUUGCUCUUUAUCAAAUUCUACUAAUAUAAUGUUUCCUUCUUCCUCCCCUUUGACAACUCCAGCAUCCUAAAAUUGCAUCAGAAAACAAGUAAAUCCAAUUGAAGGUAUAUUCCUUUAUAAGGGAUGAACCUAGCUGUUGUGUGCAUGGGGUUCACACCCCUCUUGAGAUCUUGAAUCCAUCAGUGCUUUAUUUUAAUUUUUUGAUCMUUUUUGUGGAGUGCACAACUCCAUCCCCCCAGGAUUCURCCAAAGGUUAUAUACUGGACUCMAUCCUCUAUUAAAUAGAAAUUAUUGCCAAUGGACCARCAACCGUUUUCCUUUCAUCUUCAUCUUAUCAAUGAAAUUAUAACUGCUGAACACCCGUGCCUUUGGAACAUUGGUUUCAAUUUUGUGAGCAUGACUCUUAUACAAAUCAAAUUCAUUCUCCAUGGAAGAUAACAUAUUUUCUAGGCCUCCCCAAGCAAUUUCAUCUGGAACAGGGAUUUCAGACGUCAUAUCGAGUACUGCGAGCACGUGCCUAGAGAGUUAACAGACAUUAAAAAAGUUAUUAUUCCAACCUUAAUUAUAAAAGUAGUGGCAUUUUUAACAAGGAAAUGUAUAUCAUGAAGAUUGUUGUAUUUAUGAUCCAUAUUAAGAAUAGAUCAUUUCAGGCACCACAGAGCAUGAUUUUUAUUGGGGGGCUAAAUCAAAACGGAACAACUUUUGAAAAACGGCUGAUGAAUUCGAAUUUUUCAAAAUGGUGGCCAAAAUAUUUGGGUGCCUAAGCCCAGCCAAGCAACACCGACUCCGCAGUGCCUGUCCUUUGUAUAUAUCUCACCAUGGCAUGACAUCAAUACUAGAAGAUCCGUAUCAUC